CAACGAGCGCUGCUGUCCCGGCUCGCUCCCGGGUGCAAGACCUCAACUGUUGGAGCAAAACCCUCCGUGAAAGAGAGAUGUGAAUUAUUAAAAAGAAAAUGGCCCAACGGAGCACUGCAUUUCCUUCUCUCGUCACCGAGGAAAGGUAUAAUAUAUGGAAAAUAUGCAUCUAAGCAAUGUGGCUCCCUCCCACAGGCGAGUUAGAACCAUGCCCCGACACAACCAGUCCCUGACCAUGGCACCCUACUCAUCUGUAAGCCUCGUGGAACAACUGGAAGAUAGGAUCCUCUGUCACGAGAAGACAACUGCUGCCCUCGUGGAGCACGCCUUCCGGAUUAAGGACGACAUCGUCAGCAGUUUGCAGAAAAUGCAGAACAAAGGGGGCGGUGACCGCUUGGCCAGGCUUUUCUUGGAGGAGCACAUCAGAAACAUAACUGCCAUCGUGAAGCAACUGAAUCGGGAUAUCGAGGUGAGUGAGGUACUCCAGGAGCAGAUCCGGGCCCGGGACAACAUCAGCUACGGAACGAAUUCUGCCUUAAAGACUCUGGAGAUGCGUCAGCUCUCCGGUUUGGGAGACCUUCGGGGAAGAGUGGCAAGAUGUGACGCCAGCAUAGCCAGACUCUCUGCAGAGCACAAAACAACUUACGAGGGGCUCCAGCACUUGAACAAAGAACAGCAAGCUGCCAAACUUAUCUUGGAAACAAAAAUCAAAGAUGCAGAGGGACAGAUUUCUCAGCUUUUGAACAGAGUGGACUUGUCGAUAUCAGAGCAAAGCACCAAAUUGAAGAUGUCCCACAGAGACAGUAACCACCAGCUUCAACUUUUGGAUACAAAAUUUAAAGGUACGAUUGAGGAACUCAGUAAUGAGAUUUUAUCUGCACGGAAUUGGUUGCAACAGGAACAAGAACGGAUAGAGAAAGAACUUUUACAGAAAAUCGAUCAGCUUUCCUUGGUUGUUAAGGAAAACAGUGGAGCCAGCGAAAGGGACAUGGAGAAGAAGCUCAGCCAGAUGUCAGCCAGACUUGACAAAAUAGAAGAGAGUCAGAAGAAGAAUAUGGAAGUGCAGAGAACAAAACAAGAAGAGGAGAAAGUGCAUGGGCGCAUCAGCAAGCUGGAGUUACAGAUGAAUGAGGACAUGAAGGAAAUGAAAGCAGAAGUUGAUGCUGGGUUUACAGCCAUCUAUGAAAGCAUAGGAUCCCUCAGGCAAGUUCUUGAAGCCAAGAUGAAGUUGGACAAGGACCAGCUGCAGAAGCAAAUCCAGCAGAUGCAGAAGCCAGAGGCUCCCAUGUGAAGGGAACUGGGACAAGGACCUCACAAGUGGUUCUGCCAGUGGGCCGAGAGCUGGAUACCUCUGUAGCUAGGCUGUCACCACAUUCAGGAGUGUUCUAUUCAUGGCGUGCAUGUGCCAAGCAAUGUGUUUUCAUGGGUCUGAAUGUUUACCUUGAGUCUCAAAAACACUUUCUUUAAAAGUAUUAAGUACAAUUUUUACCACUUUAUUCCAUUUCUCUAAAUUUGAUGGAAUAUCCUCCCUGCCCCUAGAUUUGGAAAAGCUUUUAUCCCCUUCAUUUUAUGAAUGAAAAGACUUAACGACUUUCCUUCAAUGCUUGACGCUCUAGCCAAGACUUCACUAUUUUGAAAAAUGUCAUGGUGAUUUUUUUUUUUAAUUAAGAAACUAAUGAAUUGUCACAGGAAUGUGUUGCUCCUCACCCUAAAUUAAGAGAAUGUCCUGGUAGACUAGAAUUCAACCUUUUAGUCCAUAUUUGGAUUUUAUUAUUGUUAUCUGUGCAUUUCUUAUAUGGUUAUCUUGUAAAUCUUCUGUCUUUUGUAGGGAGAAGGGAUUUAACUUUUGGAAAACCACCCCUGCCACCAUUUAUGUAA